AUGGCUGACCUUACGGAACGGCGACGAGGCAUCCUUAGAUCCAUCGCGGUGGUCGAAGGAUUGUUUGGUUCGAACGCUCACACUCUUUUCGCAGGGCUUGCUACCACCCUCCUAUCUAAAUGUGAGCCACAGCCCGACGAGGACUCAGAUAUUCCAGAGGAGGUUUGGCAAGUUCAGGAACUCAUUGACUGUCUUUUCCCCGGAGCCGACACAUCUAACCCAAGUUUUCAGCGCCGCUAUAGCGAAUCCCAGAUCUCUUCUAUCACGGCUGAAGAGUUGCAAACCACUAGUCUUACCCCAGAAGAGGUUAUUUGGGUGGCAGAGCGGACAUCGACAUUGUUUAAUUUUCACAAUCUCGAGGCUUUGGAAGUUACUACUGACCCACUGCCCGAGGAGUUUCAGCAGUGUAACGGCGGUGAGUGUGGCAUUUGUUACGAGUCGCCUACUAUUGGUAUGGUUCUAGUGAUCCUUCCCUGUCAACAUUGGUACUGUGGGGAAUGUAUCUUGAGGUGGCUUUUUACCAACCCUACAUGUCCGGCAUGUCGUCAAGAUGCCCUACCCACGCAGUCCCAGCAGAUGUGA